AGGGUCAGUGAUUUUGAGGUAAAUUACAAGCCAGAAUGUUUCAAGAAAUCUCGUUUGUGGUGGCAGCCGUGCUUAUUACUUACCUCCUUUGGUCGUUUAUUAAUAAAGCAAAGGCUAAGCCUCAGAUGCCUCCCUGUCCAAAUCCGAUUCCCAUUUUUGGAAACAUGUUUACAAUGUUAAAAUGGAUCAGCGAAAAAAAACUGCACAUUGAGUUAAUAAGGCUUGCUAAGAUGUAUGGCGGUAAACUCUUCACCCUAAAGAUUCCAGGACAAGAUAUUCUUGUUGUCAAUUCUGCUUCAACUGCACGGGAAGCAAUGCUAAAGAAGCGAGAUGUUUUUGCUGGAAGGCCUUUUGGUUUCACAUUUGAUUUCUUGUCCCGCAAUUCCAAAAGCGUCGCUGCUCAAGAUUUUAACCCUACUUUGCUGCUUCAGAGAAAGAUUGUUCUUUCAGCUAUUCGCUCAUAUCAGCCCAAGUUAGAAGAAAAAGUGAUAAAGGAAGUAAACGAGUUAGUUAAGAGACUGACUGCUUAUCAAGAGAAACCCAUCGAUCCAACCCACGAAAUUGCCUUGACGGUGAUGAAUGUGAUUUGCGCUAUGGUCUUUGGAGAUCGGUACGAGCUCGCCGAUCCCGAAUUUUCUAAGAUAUUUGAUAGCUACAAGAUUUUGUUCGCAAAUAUUGGAUUACUAAACAGUUUGAACGUAUUUCCUUUUUUGAUCCAUUUCCCGAUAAAAGAUUCGAUAAAUUUGAAAUCUGCUGUGAAACACCGAGACGAAUACUUGAAUAGAAAGUACUAUGAACACCAGAGGUCCUACAAAGAAGGUACCAUCCGUGACAUGACAGACGCCCUGAUCAAAGCUUUAAAAGAAGCUGAACAAGAAGAUAUUAAAGUCAGAACCCAAAUCACAGAAGACCAUGUUGUAAUGACGAUGAAUGACACCUUCGCGGCUGGUAUGGAAACAACAUCAGUUCAGAUUCUCUGGUUUCUAUAUUUCAUGAUUCGUCACCCAGAUAUUCAAGAGAAAGUGCAGGAAGAGCUCGACACCGUUCUUGGGAAGGACAGUUACGCCGGAUGGGAAGAUAGAACCAGGCUGAACUACACAUUUGCUACCAUUCAAGAAGUCGCUCGUUUAGCAACUCUUGCUCCAAUAGCACUUCCUCGCAAAACUACGAAGGAUUGCACUUUAGAAGGCUAUCACAUCCCCAAGGAUACGUCCGUCUUUUUUAACAUCAUGGCUCUGCAUCUUGAUGAGAACGAGUGGAAAGAUCCUUUGGUUCUCAAUCCUGAACGAUUUUUAGAUGAUGAAGGCAAGCUGAUCCCAGUCGCUAACCUGAAGAGCUUCUAUCCAUUUGGUGGUGGUCGUCGUAUUUGUCCCGGAGAGAAUCUUGCAAAUCAAGAGGUAUUUAUGAUAUCCUCACGUUUGCUCCAGAAAUUCACUUUGGAAGCAGUUGUUCAGAGUUCUGACCUCCCACUUCAUGGCGAGAUGAUCGCCAUUAAUCACCAACCCGUACCGUUUAAAGUACGCUUCAAAGAAAGAGCCUAAUUUAAAAUGUCAAAACGGAUGACAAUCCUAGAUAUUUGUAUUAAUCAAGACCGUUUUAUGCAGGUCAUACCUACAUUUUCUUAAAUUGUGUAAAUUAGAUUAUACUGUAGGCCUAAAUUUUUUUAAACAAAUAGUCGUUAUAUUGUGUCACAUUUUCAUGUGACGUUUUAAAAAUGUAGGUAAAAAUCAGGUUGUUUUUUUUUAUGCUUUAUAAUCGCAUGUUAAUCAAACAAUUAAACAAUAUCAGGGACCUGUUGUUCCAAGCUGCAUCAUUCCCCUAGCAUCGACAUUACUGAUCCGUGCACACAGCAUGCAUCAGUGGGAGUUUCGGAAAACAAUGCGUGCGCCAUCUUGAAAAGUGAGACCAAAAUCACUAUGUUGUGCCUUAAAACACGUUUUGUAGCUGCUAAGUCAACUAAUCUAUCAUCAUAUCUUGACAUUGGCUUAGAACCUUUUAAUUUAUUAAGGGUCCUUUAGAAGUUAUAAUUUAGUGAUUCAAGUCCCACUCUUUAGGAGUCGACGGGCUUCUGGGAGAAAUAUACCUGUUCUUAUGUCCCAGCCAGCUGUAAGUCACAACUGGUUGCAUUGCCAGCGGAAAUCUCAGGGAAAAAGAACUCUCCAGGCAAGGGAUACUUUCUAAGAAUUUUUGCCAUGAAAAGAAAAAAUUCCUAACUAAAAUAACAUAAGCCGUUUUUGACCUUAAAAAAGUUUGCCACGAGCAAUUUUUUUUUAAUUAUGAAAGGCACCACGAGAUUGUCCACAAUAAUGUCAACAAUAAUGUCUUGUACAUCGUCCAAGUAGAAGAUUAUUUUGUCUUCUCCAAACGAAAGUUACUCCUCUCUUCUUUUGAUUCUCUGUUUUUGGCUAUUCUUUUUUCGAUCUCGUAGAUAGUGUUGCUGUGUUGUUUUUGUAGAUCUCUCAUCCACGAGAUUUCAAUCGAUACUUCGACUUGUUCUUGUGAUAGGACUUCGAUGUAUUUGUCGUUUAUUUCUCUGCAUUCUUUGAAGAUUGAAUCUAAUUCUCAAUCAAUUUUCUUGUGUCAACUAUUCUUUUGUCGGACAUUUCUCGCUGUUGUCCUUUGCGUUUAAGGUCCUUUUCUUGUUCUUUGAGAUUUCUUUCGUAUUCGGUGUUCUUUAGUCAUUGCGUCUACGAAGCGCUCAUAGCUAUCUGAGAUCCAAUGUUCUUCGUCUUCACAUUCGUAGUCAUCGAGGUACGUACAGUAAUCUCUAUUUCGAUUCUACGUUGCUCCUGUAACGUAGCGUACAGAACUUUGAAUGAAUAUACUUAUUGUUCUGCGCCUUAUAAAUGUAGCUAUUUGCAUAAUUGGCGGUAAAACGAAAUUAUCAUUUUUAGCACGAAACAAAUGUGGUUCAAAAAUCGUACAAGAACAGUUAUUUAGAAGAACAGACCCCGUCGGCUCCUCCUGACUCUUCAAGAAAAAAAAAAAAAAAAAGAGAUGGCGGACACAAUGUUCUCCGAAACUCCUGAUGCAUGUUCAACUUGAAUGAUUUUAUUAACGUAACUUGUUGUAAAGCUGAAAUCUAUUUUUAUGUUAUCCAUCAUCGAAAGAUGUGAGAAUUAUAUACAAUAAGUCCGGGGUAUUGUGCUCUGCGCACUUGAUGUCAAAUUUAUUCUUUUGAAUUCAUUUUAUAUUGAAAAAAUAUCAAAAAUUUCAUAUCUGU